ACUUCCUCAUCCUGCUGAUGGAAUGGAGUUGGACAGCAUGCCUUUUGUCCUUAAUUGCUUGAUGAUAUCUGAAGCUAGAAGUGGAAAUAAACUUUCAUUAGUCAUGCACGAGCCGAUGGACGUCCAAAAUUCAACUGAUGAUCUGAAUACGUUGGAUCUGAACACACUGCAUCUGAACACAUUGGAUCUGAAUACAUUGGAUCUGUAUACAUCGGAUCUGUAUACAUCGGAUCUGUAUACAUCGGAUCUGUAUACAUCGGAUCUGUAUGUGGCGGCUAAUCGGACACAUCUCUCUGCUGCUUCUCAGGAUCCAACAGAUAACGAUGGACUAGAACCCUCAGCACCUCAGGAUGUUGCAAAGGUUUAUAUAAAAGUGCACUGGGAAGGAGAAAUACCUUCAAGGUGGAAAGCUCAUCUGCAAAAAGCUCUUCAGUCCUGGUGUUCUCAGCAGUCUUCUGAAUGCACUAUUAAAGGACUUCAGCUUUCCGAUGAUGGACGCACUGCAGAGGUGGAGAUCACGCCAUCAACUGCUUUACAGGGAAUAAAAACUGCAACUUUAAAAUUCAAGCAGUUUCCCAAUAAAACUGCCACAGUAGACUUUCUGGAAGAUGCACCAAAGUCUGUGGAUAAAGUUUCCAGGCUGAAGGGUCUGGAUACAUUGGAUCAGAAGCCAUUGGAGGAUCGGGCACGCCUCUCUUCUGCUUCACAGGACUGGAAUAAAUCAGAUGAAGAAGCAAAAAAUCAUCCCGCUGCUGCAGAUGUUACAGAGAUGUCUUCAUCAGCGUCUAAGAGUUCUGAUACAACAUACAGGAAACGAUCAAAAAACCUCAUAACGGGAGAGCUUGCGAAUCAGAUGAAGGUCAACAUGACUGUGACUGCCAUAAUUGAUACAGAAAACUUUUCCCCAGAAAUUCACUCAAAGCUCAUGAAGAAGUUUAGAAAACAGCAGGUUGGAACUAAGUUACACAUUUCAGGAUCUUUUGCUGAAAUUGAUGAGUUCUACAGGGAGUUUUGUGAAACUGUAGUAGGAGCUGCUUCUAAUGAUGCAGGACACACUGAGAUGUCCAGAGCUUCUCAUGAUCUUACUGUCCCUCUCUUUUUGUACUGGUACCUGAACCAAGCUUACAGGAAGGAAGUGGAACAAAUUGAGAAGAAGUUUGGAGUUAAAAUAAAUGCAGAAAGUCAUGUUUCAAUCUCUGCUGAGAAAACGAAUGAGAAGAGCGAGAGUGAUCCUGUCAGUAGAGCUACAAAGGAGUUUUCUGAUCUUGUACAGAAUAUUAAUGAGACUCUCAAAUCUGUUCAUGUCCCUCAAAAACACAUGGAGUCUGAUAUUAUGAAAGAGACACUGCGUAAUAUUCCAAAUGAACAGCACAAGCUCGUGCUAAGUCUGUCAGCAAAUAACUACCUGCUGUUUGGGCCAAAAGAAAAAACAUCAGUGUUUGCAAAGAGGUUACAUUUGGAUCAAGGUGUUUCAACAUCAUUUAUCCCCAGCCAGUCACAUAACACUGAGAGUGACAUCAGGGAGACUUCAAUGCAGGCCGCUCAGAACUUGGACAUGGACAUCAAGGACACUCAAGCUCCAGUUGAGAUGGAUGAGGCACACUGGCGUCUGAUGAAGAUGAACACACCUGAUGCAGCCACGACUGAUCCAGAAACAACUCCAUCUCAGCUCAAGAAGGAUGCUGAAGCUGCUUCUAAUGAUGCAGGACACACUGAGAUGUCCAGAGCUUCUCGUGAUCUUACUGUCCCUCUCUUUUUGUACUGGUACCUGAACCAAGCUUACAGGAAGGAAGUGGAACAAAUUGAGAAGAAGUUUGGAGUUAAAAUAAAUGCAGAAAGUCAUGUUUCAAUCUCUGCUGAGAAAACGAAUGAGAAGAGCGAGAGUGAUCCUGUCAGUAGAGCUACAAAGGAGUUUUCUGAUCUUGUACAGAAUAUUAAUGAGACUCUCGAAUUUGUUCAUGUCCCUCAAAAACACAUGGAGUCUGAUAUUAUGAAAGAGACACUGCGUAAUAUUCCAAAUGAACAGCACAAGCUCGUGCUAAGUCUGUCAGCAAAUAACUACCUGCUGUUUGGGCCAAAAGAAAAAACAUCAGUGGUUGCAAAGAGGUUACAUUUGGAUCAAGGUGUUUCAACAUCAUUUAUCCCCAGCAAGUCACAUAACACUGAGAGUGACAUCAGGGAGACUUCAAUGCAGGCCGCUCAGAACUUGGACAUGGACAUCAAGGACACUCAAGCUCCAGUUGAGAUGGAUGAGGCACACUGGCGUCUGAUGAAGGUUGUGUUUCAGAAACAGAUUACUGAGAUUGAAGAUAAAUAUGGAGUUCGGAUUGAUGGUGAACCUGUCCAAGGACUGAUUAAGGUGUCGGCGCAGUCCAGAGGAACUCAGCAGGUCAAUCUUGAAGCUCACGCUCUCAGAGCCUUAACUCGUCUCUACCAAAAGCUAGUCAAAUCAGCAGUCACCUGUGAACUUGAAAAUCCUUCCUACACUGCAAGAGUGUCCCGGGCAUUUGAAAGAAUUCGCCCUCACCAUGCCCAUGUUGGUGGAGGAGAAAGUAACGGAAGCUGGAAACUUUUUGGACUGCCAAAGCAUCUCAUUCCUGCUAUAGAUGCUAUUGAGAAGAUUAUUGGACAUCCUGUAUUUGAUGAGAAGACGAAGCAAAUGCUUGGAUAUCCACGGGAUUUUCCACAGGCAAGUGGGUUUCAGAGAGGACAAAUGAGGCUGGAUGUGAAGAGAGGGGCACAUGGUCCUGACUUCAGAAAUGGGCCAGAGAAGAAGUCUGAUUUUAACCAAGAUUUCCCAAAUAAAGCAAAAGAAAACGGUAAAGAAAAAAUUCAUGUAAUUCAGAGAGGAAAAAUGGGGCUGGAUGUGAAAAGAGGGGCACAUGGUCCUGACCUGAGAGGUGGAACCAUACCACAAAAUUCUGAUAUUGUCCAGAAACUAUUUAAAAAAUCAAGAGGUAUCAAGAAAAAAUAUAAUGAAAGUGAAGAAGAUAAAUGUCCGAUUUGCUUGGAUACGUUUACUCAAAAGACAAAACUGGACUGUGGUCAUGAGUUCUGUGAGGAGUGUCUGGAACGGUCAAUCCAGAGCAGAGGAAAAAUUUGCCCUUUGUGUCAGAAAGUCUUUGGGAUAUUAAAAGGAAACCAGCCGGAUGGAAAAAUGGAUGUCAGACAUUCCAGGUACCCAGAGCUCCCUGGAUUUCCUCACUGUGGCACAAUCACCAUUUCUUACAACAUACCCAGUGGCAUUCAGACAAAUGAACAUCCAAACCCUGGAGAACAUUACUCUGGGACUUUUCGCACUGCGUAUUUACCGAACAAUGCUGAAGGAAACCAUGUGCUCUCACUGCUGAGAAGGGCUUUUAAGCAGAAACUCAUUUUCACUGUCGGAGUCUCCAGAACAACUGGAGCAGACAAUAUGGUCAUCUGGAACGACAUUCCUCACAAGACGAAUACACACGGUGGACCUCAAGGUUACGGCUAUCCAGACCCUGACUACUUAAAACGGGUGAAGGAAGAGCUGAAGGCCAAAGGCAUCGAGUAAAGAUGAAAAAUGCAGAAUUCUGAAGUUAUAACUGACACACAGUUUGAAUAUUUUAAAAUAAAAAAGGACAGAAUGAGAUUGUAGAGUCAAAGUAUAUUAAAAUGAAUAAUGUAAUUAAAAGGUGCUGACUGCAAAGUCAUCUGAAAAUUUUACUUUUUUUUUCUUUUGUGCUCAUUUUCCUUUGUCCCACAAGAACAAUAUCAUGUGGACGAAUGGGAUGUGAUCAUUUUGAUGUGCUGAGGGUCGCUUUUCUUCAUUUUGGGACCGUUUUCCUUCCUCUUGAGAUAAACAGUACGGCCUUACAGAAACAGCAGAACGUGAGGGAGGAGCUUUAACUAAUUACCAUAACUAUGGAACUGCGUCACACCAAGAUGGCGACGCGCGGAAAACAUCGUGACUCUGCAUCGACCUCGGAGAGUUUUGAGUCGCAGGGAUGGAAUUUGUGGUUGACAUUCGAGAAUCGAUCCGUGAAACAAAAGACAAAUAUAUCUUUUAUCUGUUCCUGCCUUUGUGUUCGCAUGUCUUUCUCUGUAAGAUCAAAACAUUAGGUGGAUAACUCCAUACUCGCUACCGUUCAGUCGAGCCCAUGCACUCUAAGGCUAAGAUAGCUAAGUGCUAGCUAGAAUGAUUUAGUUAUCUGUCCAGAAAAAUGACGCGUCCUCUAACCUUGCUCUAUCUGACAGUUGCACUCAUUAGGCAGCUUUCUUUUUCUUUUCUGCUGGAGGGAGCGCCGAGUCCGCCAUGUUCGCCCUCACCGACUUGUUUUAGUUAAAAGUAGCUCAAACACACCCCACGGUGACCAUGUGAUAUUGUUGCUCGCUUCCGUCAGCGAUCUCUGGAAUCAUAAAAUGCAGGACACUUUUUAUCUCAGCAAAACAUUGACACACAGGAUACACGGUGUUUGUGCGCAGCAGUGAAACAUCUCCAAACUCCAACAGAAACAGAACAUUUUACCCAGAAUUCAACUCUUGCACUCAGAACCUUUAACUACUGUAUGUGUAAUUUAAAGUGAUGGAUUUUAUUUUGGCAAAGAUUUAAUUAAUCAUAAAACCAAUCAUACCAUAUAAUUUCUCAUGUUUUCAUUUUGUUUGUAUG